AUGACGACCCGAAGAAUCGUACUGUUGUGCGCCAUCGCCGCGUGCGCCUCGGCCGCAUCGUCGGAGAUCUCUGUCCGCAUCGAGCGACACUUCCCGUGCUCUGCCAGCUCAGGUUUGUAUUCUUUUUCAGCUAUUUGGAAGCUUUCGUUUGAUUAAGGGUGGAUUCUGUUCCCCCCGUGGGUAGAACAACAUAGCAGAUUGUAAGUCUUGAUGAAUUCUACAAAUGGGACAACAAACGGGCCGGUUUUAGAGCUGGUAUUGUGGCGCUGGCCGACCUAGAUUUCCCGGGCCGGCAAAAAGUGGCAAAAACAUUCUAAGUCGGCUAACGCCACAUUACCGGCUCUAAACCGGCCCGUUUGUUGUCACAUUUGUAGGACUCAUCGAGACUUACAAUCUGUUAUGUUGUUCUACGCACAACUGUGAUUUUAAAACGAGUUAUCAGUCGGCCCCGUGUCGGCCCAUAACAACUUUAAAGCAUAAAGUCUCUCAGAAGCACUCUUUACUUUCAAAGUUUGUCCAAAUUGCUCAAAAAACCCUCUCUCAAACGUUUUGUUUCUCUGUUCCCAAGCAUGGUUCAAAAUACAAAAUACUCUACUUUCCGCUCAAUUACCCUUCAUUUUUGCACUUUUUAGUCGUAAAUGAAAUUGGAUCCAGUUUUUUUUUGGCAAUUCAAAUUUGUCUGACCACUUGGGUUGUCCACUCGAUUCAAUUCGCAAAUUAGAGUCUGACCCACGUCAUCUUCGCUCCAGAAAAACCUGUAUUUUUUGCUUUGUCAAGAAGCGUGUCACUGAAGUCAAGAAUCUAUGACAGAGUUCAAAGUUUCAAGGAGAGAGAUAGAGAGGAGAAAUCAACGUUUCCGCUUGUUCAGUCGCGACGUUAUUGUAAAGCGGCAAAAAAAGUUUGACCGAACUGCGGGUCUAGGAAGUGCGCGGCCUUGGAGACGUGAUACUGUGCGUCGGUCAUAAAAUACCGAUAAAAGAGUAGAGGAAUAGGGUAUCAAAAGAAAAACGACCGCUCUGAUUUCCUGUUUCAUGUCUUGUUUUGUUUCCGCUUCGCCAAAUUGGAAGAGGAUACGGAUUCGCAAAAAAACUGAUAAUAAGUAUUUGAACUGAAAGAGUUUGUUUUAGGACCGAAGAAGGACACGCUGCUGAUCAAAUUCCCGUCGUAUAAAACUGCCGGAGUCGAGUUCCACGAGGAGAUUGGCGAGAAUGGACACAAGUGCUUCCGAAUGUCCGGAGGAAAAGUCGAGGUGCGAAUUAUUUUCAGAAUUGAACUCUGCCACAGUUCCUUUCAAAUUGUCUAUUUUUUCAGGUCUACGCUCCAGGACUCGAUGGAUCCAAGAAAUACUACGUUCAUCUUGAGACCAGAAUUGGAAUCCACGGAAAGCCGGAGAGAUGCGUGAACGCUGAUGCCAACGGCUGUGGAGGAAUCGGAUCAUGGUACUAAUAUUGAGCGAGAAAUCUCGAAAAUGAUUGAUUUCAGUGUUCACUGCGACAUCUGUCACACGAUGGGCGGAUCUCUCAAGAACUUUGUCCAGAUCUUCCAGGCUGACAAGCCAGCUCAAUGCUCAAGCAAGGUAAAACAGCAGGGUAAAUUAUGUAACAACUUUUGAAUGUUUCCAGGGGCUCCCAGCCGGUCUGUACACUGAUCUCUCGCUCCGUGUGUGUCUGCCAACUAAGAAUGAGCUGCUCCCGUUCCUGGACCAGAAUGCGUCCCGCGCCGAGCAGCUCUGGGACCUGUUCGUGAGCUCGCGUGCUCGUUCCGGAGAGAUCCCUCUGGUUAUCGCCGCUCGUCUCUUCGACCGGCCAAUCAACAACAUGGACGCGAAGACUCUGAACACGAUCCUCCACGACACGAAGGAAGGAAUGAUCGGAUGCCACUGGAUCUACGCCACUGUUUCCCAGCCGAACUAA